GAAAUUGGUAUCGUUGGAGCUGGUAUGUCUGGUCUUUUUAGUGGCUACCUGCUUGACUCCGCUGGCUUCCACAACUACGAAAUCAUUGAAGCCAACGACAGACUCGGAGGCCGUGUUCAUACUGCAUACUUUGGCAAACCUAGUGACUACACUUACCAGGAAAUGGGUCCCAUGCGCUUCCCCAUCGAAUGGGUUUACGAAAACAAGACUCUCCCUGUCAAGGAUCAUCAAAUUGUGUUCCAACUGGCUGGCGAGCUUAACAAGCUCAACAAGAAAAGCUAUGCCGUUGAGUUUAUUGAGUGGUUUCAAUCUAAUCCCAACAACUUGCUGUACUACAAUGGUAAGCGCCUUCCCAAUGGCCUUGUUCCUACUGUCUCCGAUGUAAGCGCCAACCCCAGCCUUACUGGAAAUCCUUCUGACCUCGCUGAUGAGAGCGAUGCUGCUACUGCACCCUACCUUACGGAGAAGUGGAUGAAAGAGAUUGGAGAUGAUAUCUACAAGGCUCAUGACCAUGCCCUCGAAGAAGGCCUCGAUGACUGGUCUGAAUGGGGUUAUAUCCACAACAAAAUGGGUGCUAGCCUCAAUGCUACUGAGUACUACACUGAGAACCAAACAGGUGGUGAUGCCGGUAGUCAAAUUUUCGGAACCAUGUAUGACGACUUCACCUUCGCGUCUACCAAGUGGAGAACCAUCGAUGGCGGUUUGAACCGCUUGCCUCAAGCUUUCGGACCUGUCCUUGGCGACAAGGUAACCUUUAACACGAAGGUCACCAAAAUUUCUUAUGACGGUGAAAAGGUUUCCCUGCAAUGGAAGAAGAAGACAUUCGAUACCAAGUAUGAAUCCAAGGAGUUUGAAAAUGUCAUCGUUGCCGUUCCCUUCUCCGUCGUCCGUACCUGGCACUUGCCUCAAUUCUCAUAUACCCUGCGUAAGGCUAUCAGAGAACUUGGUUACAGUCAGGCUUGCAAGGUCGCACUGGAAUUCAAGACCAGAUUCUGGGAACACGGUGACCGUCCUAUUCAUGGUGGCUGCUCUUCCACUGAUCUUCCUGCCGGUAGUGUCUGUUACCCGUCCUACAAGAUUGGUGCCAAGGGUAAAGGUGUCAUGCUCUCCAACUAUGCAUCAGGAGACAUGGGCUUGCGUCUUGCCUCCAUGGAGGAAAAGGAACAUGUUGCUCUUAUUUUGGAAAACAUGGUUGAGAUGCACGGAGAGAUUGCCAGAGACCAAUAUACCGGUAACUACAACCGCAGAUGCUGGAUUCUUGAUGAAUUCCAGUCCGGUUCAUGGGCCCAACCUAGCUCUGGUCAACACAAAUUGUUCAUGCCUUCCUAUUUCAACCUGGAGCACAACAUUGCUUUCGUCGGUGAGCACACUGAUGUCAAGCACGCCUGGAUCUCCGCUGCAUUGGAAUCCUCUAUUCGUGGUGUUGUCAUGCUUCUCGUUGAACAUGGCCAUGUCGACGAAGCCAAGGCAAUCGUUGAUAAGUGGAACGCCAAGUGGAUGAAGAUCUAA